UCAUUUACUGAAUGCGCCACAGUUGCGUAAAGUCGAAGAUAUUUUAAAUAUUUUUUCCCCUAUUUUAGAAGUGGGCACGUUUUUGUAGGACAAAGCAAAACGAAAGCAGUGCGUCUGAGAGCAGAUUCUUACAAAUAAACAGCAAUCCAUCAUCUGCCGUGUUUGGCUAAAGGCGUCAUUCUCAUCCCGACUCCACACAUUUCCCAAUUUGGUUAUAUCAAGUGGUCGCAAUCCAAACAUGGCAUUGGCUGCUUCUUCAUCCUCUGCCGCCACAGCUCGCAGCACCAGCGCCCAACCCGACCUCGCCUUCCGCAUCCCUUCCAAUCCGCUCAAAUUCACCCCUUUCAUUUCCCGCCGCACCCCCUCAAUCUCCUGCAAGCUCCCCAAGAUGGCGGCUACGGCGGUGGACAAGGAGCUCGACGCCGCCGCUAAGGAGGCGCUGCAGCGGCCUGAUGCCUUCGGCCGAUUCGGCAGAUUUGGCGGGAAGUAUGUCCCCGAGACGCUCAUGGCUGCUCUCACCGAGCUCGAGGCCGCCUUCAAUUCCCUCGCCACUGACCAUGAAUUUCAGAAAGAGCUUGAUGGAAUAUUGAAAGACUAUGUUGGAAGAGAAAGCCCUCUUUAUUUUGCUGAACGACUCACGGAGCACUACAAGCGUCACGAUGGAAAAGGGCCUCACGUAUACCUCAAAAGGGAAGACCUUAAUCAUACCGGUGCCCACAAAAUCAACAAUGCUGUUGCUCAGGCUUUGCUUGCUAAGCGGCUCGGUAAGAAGCGCAUAAUUGCUGAAACUGGAGCUGGUCAGCAUGGUGUUGCUACCGCUACUGUUUGUGCUCGAUUUGGCCUGGAAUGCAUCAUCUACAUGGGUGCUCAAGAUAUGGAGAGACAGGCCCUUAAUGUCUUCAGAAUGCGACUUCUUGGUGCUGAGGUUAGACCAGUUCAUUCUGGUACCGCGACUCUGAAGGAUGCUACAUCCGAAGCUAUACGAGAUUGGGUGACCAACGUGGAAUCUACUCAUUACAUUUUGGGAUCUGUGGCCGGUCCACAUCCAUAUCCUAUGAUGGUGAGGGAAUUUCAUAAGGUGAUUGGCCAAGAAACCAGAAAGCAGGCCUUGGAAAAAUGGGGCGGCAAACCCGAUGUGAUUGUUGCUUGUGUUGGCGGGGGUUCAAAUGCAAUGGGAAUCUUUCAUGACUUUGUUGAGGACAAAGAUGUCAGGCUGAUUGGCGUGGAGGCAGCUGGUUUUGGCUUAGACAGCGGCAAGCAUGCUGCCACUUUGACUAAAGGAGAGAUCGGGGUUCUGCAUGGAGCUAUGAGUUACUUGUUGCAAGACGAAGAUGGGCAGAUAAUCGAGCCACAUUCUAUUAGUGCUGGGCUGGACUACCCAGGGGUUGGACCGGAGCACAGCUUUCUCAAAGAUAUCGGACGGGCUGAGUAUUAUAGCAUCACCGAUGACGAGGCAUUAGAAGCGUUUAAGAGAUUGUCGAGACUAGAGGGCAUUAUCCCGGCACUGGAGACGUCUCAUGCGCUAGCGUAUCUGGAGAAGCUAUGCCCGACGCUUGCGGAUGGAACGAAAGUCGUCCUCAACUGCAGUGGCAGAGGAGAUAAGGAUGUUAAUACAGCCAUUAACUAUUUAAAGCUUUGAGCCUACUGCCAUUCUCAAAUUUUCAUUACAAGACUACAUGUUUACCUUGUCGGGGUCAGGUGAAACUUUCUUUAUAGAGAUUUCAUUGCUGCCAUAGUGAAAAAUUAUCAUGUUACCUCAAAUAAUAUAUAUGGCUAUUCGCUUA